AUGUUGCGACGUAGUGCGGUGCGGUACCUCAAGGCACGACCAAAGACGGUCAGCAUCGAGCCAGGUAGCAACCGAUUUCUCGAUCCCAAUGUGGAGGCAAAGGCGAAGGACAUCUUCGCCGUACCGGAGUUUCCGAACAAGGCGGUGCUGCACAACUGGCGUUUCUUCAUCAAGGCUGGCAAGGCCGCAACGGGGCCGCCGGUUGGCCAGGAGUUCUCGAAGCUGGGACUGAAGGCGAUGGACUUCGCCAAGGCGUUCAACGACCGCACCAAGCCGCACUUCAAGGACGAUAUCGAGCUCAUUGUGCGCAUUCAGGUGUACUUCGACAAGUCGUACAUCUUCCGCAUCGAGCCGCCGCCGACGGCGUGGUUUCUGUUGCGCGCGAUUCGCAAGAAGAGAGGCGAGACGGGCCCUGUUGUUCUGCGGGGCAACUACUGUGCCUACCUCACCCUAGAAAUGUGCUACGAGAUCGCCAAGAUGAAGCAGAUGUCGUGGGGAAAGGUCGAGUACCCACCGAUCGAGGUGCGUGUGCGGCGUGUCGUUGGUCAGGCGAGGCGCAUGGGCAUUGCUAUCAUCGGCAUCGACACCGCGCACAGCUCGCCCGUGAAGGGCAUGACGGAGAAGCAGUACCUUGAGGAGAGCGAGAAGUACCGCAAGGUGCACAUGAUACAGUACGAGGCGCUGAAGGCGAAGGAGCUCGAGUUGGCCCCGCUGAUUGAGCGUCUGCAUCGACCGAACAUGGCCCCGCUGACAAACACGCAACUUGAGGAGGGCCUGAAGGAUGCGAACCUGCUGAACGCGCUGUGGAAGUCGUCUCACCCCAAGAGCCUCUUCGCGCAGGACACGCGCGAUCGCGAAAUGGCGCGCCGCUACCUGAACACGCGCGGCUGGUUCAAAGAAAUGACAUCGGAGGAGAUGCGUGUGGUAUUUCUGAAUUACCGCCUGCCCGAGCAGGAUCGCCAGCGGCAGCUGAACAUGACAGACGGACAGGCGCAGUCGCAGACCUACUGGUCGCGUGAUGCCGCGUCACCGCAGUAA